AUGUUCGAGAUAUUCACGCAGGGCUUCUCCUUCCUCAACUUGCUCUCUGUUCUAGCCUUCUUCACUACAGUAGGCCUCUUCUUCUGUGGAAUGUAAGUUUUCGAGUCUCUCUAACUUUUCCCAAACGUUUCUCUAUUUCAGUCCGAUUUGCCGACAGAUUUGGAAGCGAAAAGAUACCAAUGAGAUCUCUGGUGCUCCAUUUCUCAUGGGAAUAGUCGGAGGAUGCUGCUGGAUGACUUACGGAUGGCUCAAGAACGACGGAACAGUCAAAUGGGUGACAGGAUGCCAGGUCAUUCUCUACACGACCUACACGAUCUUCUACUGGUUCAUGACCAAGAAGAAGUUGUGGAUCUCCCUGAAAGUGCUCGGAGUGAUCGCCAUCUGCUCGACCCUCGUGCUCGGAGUGCACUUCUUCGGAAUGAAAAUCUUCCAUCCGCUCGGAAUCGUGUGCCUCACCCUCAACAUCGCCGACUUUGCCGCGCCUCUCGGAGGCAUCCGCGUCGUCAUCCGCCGUUGGGCCACUUCCACCCUUCCACUUCCGCUUUGCAUUGCCAACUUUCUCGUCUCUUCCGAAUGGUUCCUCUACGGACUUCUCAAGAACGACUUCUAUCUGAUCUUCCCUAACGGAGUCGGAUCCCUCCUCGCCUUCAUUCAACUCCUCCUCUUCAUCAUCCUCCCACGAAAACCGGGACAACGUGCUCCGAUCAUCCGGCUCUGGAUGUGGAUCCGCAACGAAAGAAUCGAAGAGACCAAAGGUACUUGAUCAGAAACCCAAGGGGUGUCCCCUGUUUGAUAAGAGCGCAACUAGUGAUGGGAAAACACAUAAUCCUGUUUUUAUGGUCAUAAUAACGAAGAAGACAGACUCCUUAAUCAAAAAAGAUAACAAUGUGCUUUUGUUGCAGAAAUCGUGGCCGAGCUUGGCGAAUGCGACGAGAAGAAGAUGAACCGCGCACAGAGAUGGUCCCAGAAGAUCAAGAUGAACGUGUCGACGGUGGCCGAAGAGCUCGAAAACGUCAUCUACCAGCUGCCGACGAAGGACCAGUUCGCCUAUUCACACAAGAUCGGAGAGGACGAUUCGUCGAGCGAGAAGACUGUCGAGACACUCGACGAGACAAAGAAGACGGCGGUGGCGGCGGUGCCUGUGCUCGAGGCGGUCAAGGACGCCGACUGGGAGCGGAAGAUGCGCAACUCCCUGCGGCACGCGACGGAAGCACGGGAGACCGCCCUUCGCAGGACGAUCAGCUCCCCGGAUCUUUCCGAUUAA